AGGAAGAAGGCGAGAGGCAAAGCCUGGCGUCGGGAAGCACGUGGAGUCGCGAGCGCGGGAGAGGCGGCCAGGCCUCCCUGUCCGCUCCCCCUGCCGCCCGCCCCGGGAGGAGCCGUCUGCAAGUGUGUCCGUGAUGGCGAGUGUGCUGUCCAGGAGGCUGGGGAAGCGGUCCCUGUUGGGCGCCCGCAUUUCUGCACCCCCUUUGCUGGGGGAUGGGAUGCUGAUGACAGCUCAGGUUCAUCCCCUGCAGCCAGAACACACCAGAGCAUCUUCACAUCAGAGCACCCUUUCAUAUGAGGAUGGACACUUCAAGGAACACGUUGAAGCCUCUGGCAAUCAGAACCAAAAUUGGCCAGUGCUACAACCUGGCCAAAAGGUAUAUGUCUUUUACAACGGGCAAGAGAGUGCUGGGUUGGUGGAGUACCAUGACCCGGUCAGUCACGAAGUGAAGGUGUUGCUCCCGGAAAAAGGUUUUUAUGUCACUAGGAAAGAUGAAGAAGUGAGACUGGCUGAAGUUGUGAUGUCACCUCUCCCCAAACUGGAGAUGGGCCAUGGAACCCCUACAACAAUGGAUUAUAGUCCGGUUCCUGUGGUGAUGGAGCAUUGCACCUCUGCAGCAGACUUCGCUGCGACAUCUGCUUUGAGAUCGGUUUCUAGGAAUAUUGAUGUACCAAAAAGGAAACCAGAUGCUGCAGUGGAGAUGGAUGAGAUGAUGGCAGCAAUGGUGUUAACCAGCUUAUCCUGUAGUCCUGUGGUGCAGAGCCCCCCUAACAAUGAGGCCAGCAUCUCAACAUCCCAAGCAACCUGUGAUGCCUGGAAAGAAAGUGGUGACAUGUCAGAUGGCGGGAGCAGUACCACAAGCGGGCACUGGAGUGGCAUCUCCACUCCUUCUCCCCCACACUCAGAGGCCAGCCCCAAGUACUCAAACGAGGCCUUCAGUUCCCCACGGGCUGAUGAUGGCUUUGAAACUGACUCGGAUCCCUUUCUCUUCGAAGAGCCUGCUCCAAGGAAAAGGAAGAAUUCAGUGAAAGUGAUGUACAAAUGCUUGUGGCCCAGCUGUGGCAAAGUCCUUCGCUCCAUUGUUGGAAUUAAGAGGCAUGUGAAGACCCAGCAUCUGGGAGAUGGUGCCAACUCUGACCAGAGAAAACGAGAAGAGGAUUUCUACUACACUGAGAUGCAAGUGAAGGAGGAGGCACUUCCGGAGUCUUUAGUAGUUGCUCCCAAUCCCACUGCAGGUUCCUCUCCUAUUGUCAUCCAACAAGCUGCCUCUCAGCCAGAAGCUCUCAUUCUGGAUCAGGCAACCCCCUUGGAGCCUCAUCUGCCUAGCAGUGCCCUCAGCCAGUCGGCCCCCAGUUCUUUCUGGCACAUCCAGGCUGACCAUGCAUACCAGGCUCUGCCAUCUAUUCAGAUUCCUGUAUCCCCGCACAUAUUCACCAGCAUUAGCUGGGCUGCUGCAACCUCAACCAUCCCCACUCUCUCACAGGUUCGAAGCCGGUCUUUGAGUUUCAGUGAACAGCCACCCCCGCCUCCGGUGCUGAAAUCCCAGCUGAUUGUUGCAUCCCCCCCAAGAGCACCCAGUGGCACUAGGAAAGUCCGUGGCGAAGCCAAGAAGUGCCGCAAAGUUUAUGGCAUCGAGCACCGAGAUCAGUGGUGCACAGCCUGCCGGUGGAAAAAAGCAUGCCAGAGAUUUUUGGACUGAGAAGGAUGUAUUUGCAUUCACACCCCUUUCUGGUGGGAAGGCUCAGCGGUCUCUCUCUCUCUUGCAGUUACCCAAGAGCAAAAUAGCCAGAUCUCUGUAUUUUGGCCACAUCCAGGGCUCUGUCGUCUUGGAAGCAAUUCCUGGUGCUUUGGCAGAAAUCUCGCGAGCCACGUGUUUAUCCCAAGCUCUGUAUAGUCUACGUCUGCCAGGUUUUCUAACGUUCAGUGUUUUGUGGGAAAGCUUUUUCUACACGAUUUUUUCUUUUUUCUUUUUUUUUAAAUGACAAAUAACACAGCCUCCCUUACUAUCUGUAAAUAAGGAGGACAAAGGAAAAAAAAAAAAAGCUGAUUGCUUGAUCUAUCUUACAGACUUGUUUCUAGGUGGGUCCAGGGACCAAAGAACUUUGAUCUGUUCCCCGGUAUAGGGUGAGGUUGGCUGUGUGGUUGGAUCAAUUACUGCAAUAUGGAGGAGAGAAGCAACUGUUUCACCUCCCCUGAAGUCACGUAACCAUUUAGAGAGUGCAAAAGGAGGAACAGGAAGGGAACUAUUAGCAGAUGAGGACAGUUACUCUACUAAUGGACACUCUGUUUCCCUGUUAAUCCUCGGAUGCCCGCACAGGAAUUAGCCAUUUGCAUCCUUAAUGAGCACUGCUUUUUAUUUUGUUUUCUUUAGUUGCUGUUGGGAAACAAUCAUUGCUUUAAAUUGCAAGACCCAAAUUCCAAAUAACCCUGAAGUGGAAGGAACAUAAACAUAAUCUGAAUUUUCUUAGCAAGUGUAAACCCCAAAACAAAUGCAUUUUGUAAGGGUCUUAGAACUAUUGACUGAUGUAACUGGUGGUUUAAGAUGCAUCUUGAGCAUCCACAAUGCAACUUUUAUUAUCUGGAUACCAUAGUAACAUCACAAUCUCCCCAUUUCCACUCUACUAGGUGGCAGGCAGUAAAUUAAAGUUCUUCAUACCGUAUUUUUAAGCAAGAAUCUGGGUCAGUCUUGGCUUUCCCAACAGUGGGAAUGUUUUCUGGAGUAUGAAUUUGACUUGUGCAUAUCACAUUUUUAGUGAUACAGCUGGGAUCCCCCACCCCUUUACAACUGUGCAUUCUUCUGUCUUUUUUAAUUGGCUCCCCAAAUCAAGCCUAUCUUCCAGAGAAGAAAUAGAUGUGUAAUUAUUUCAUUGGGUUUCCUAUGAAUGGUAACGUGUUUGGACACUUUCAUUUCUCUUCUAAUUAUCGUAGGAGCCAACAGGUAAUGAGCAAAGUAGCAAAGCACAUAAAACCCCAUGAUUAUGCUCUUCCUUCCUCUUCAGGGUCAGCCGACCUUAUGCCAGCAGUCUAAACCUUUGAACACCAAGUGAAGCAGCAUUCCAAGUUUUGCAUAUGAGAAAGCCUGAGCUGUUUUGUAGGGCAUGCUGGUCCAUGUUCAGUUUCUUGGAAUGCCCAUUUAUUUUGCCCUGCCGCCCCAUUCAUUGUUUCCAUCCCAUCUUUCUGGCCACUGAGUGAUCCUAGAUCCAUAGUCUAUAGUCCCAGUCUCUCAGGAUGUAGUUAGAAGAGAAAGAAAUUGGAAAUUGGGAGGAACACAGAGAUAUGCUGGAAAUAGCACUUGAAGACAAGCCAACAUUGUCUUAGAAUUGAUUGGGAUUUGAUGAGUACAAUUUUCAAAGAUACUUGAGUCAUCUGAGGAAAAAAUGAGCAUUUUCCAAAUUUGUUUGGGGGGGAUUGAAAUAAUAACCAAUAAUUCCAUCAUUAUAAACUUGUAUUUCCUUCAUGAUCUAUUGGCCUCAAAACCCUGAAAAAUUGUAAUAAUCUAUCCCCCCACCAAAUUUCUGACUAACUAUUCUUGUUAUAACUGAAUUUGGGUUAAACUACAGUGAGAGACAGUGGAAUUGGAAAUGGUUGCCUGCUCUCCCAACAUACUUGUUUUGCCUUGACGCUUAAUGUUGGUUGUAUCAUCUACACAAGGAACUGUGUAAAUCCAAAGUAUGUUAGCCAAGCUGUACAAUUAUUCCUUUCAAUUUUCUGUGAUUAGCAUGUAUAUGUUAGAUUCAUAUAGACAGAUUUCCUUGCAAAUAUUGUCUGUCUCUCUCUCUCUCUCUCUCUCUCUCUCUCUCUCUCUCUCUCUCUCUCUCUCUCUCUCUCUCUCCCUCCCUCCCUCCCUCCCUCUCUCCCUCUCUCUCUCUCUUUCUCUCUCUCUGGUUAUCUGGUGGCAUGAAGGUAGGCCAGGCAGGAUCUCAGUAGGCUGGGGGAAUACAGUCCAAUAAACCAAGUAUUAGAUGGAUGUUGCAAUGGGUGGUAGUUAGCCAUAUGCCAUCAACAUAAUAGGCAGGGCUGAACUUCUGAGGCAAUUGGGUAUUUUAAGGAGUAUUAUGGGUGCCUUGGCAUCUGUUGGCCUAAGCCAUGCAUUUCUUUCCUUAAAUUUCCCAAAUCAGUUAAAAUGGAUCUGAAUUUUUCAGCCCUGCCAUGCAGGAGGGUGGGGGCUCUCAGGGCUGCAGAUGAUGUGUUGGAGGUGUGUGGAAGUUUACAUUCAAAGUUGGCAAACUCAAAAAUGCAUGAUCAUAGGUGGUGCAAUGCUGCUUCAGUGGCAAGCCUAAUUAAAUUUGAUGGCUAGCUUCACCAUGGAAGUCAUUGUCAUGCUAUCAAAGAGCCAUCAGUUUGGCUGAUGGGGAAAUCCGUUCCUCCAUUUUGGAAGUCAUGUGGCUUGGUUUGUUUUCAUUUUGGAGAUGUAAAAUGGCAACACCAAUAGUAAUGAUAAUGGAAAUGGAAAAUGAGGUAUAUUGUUAGGUAUUUACAUUGUUUUGAAAUUGGUUCUCUGCCUCUUUUCUCCCCUUCCCCGAAGCGUUUUGAUAAUCAUGAGCCAUAAACUAAAGAGAUAAGCCUCUCUGUGUAAAAUAGUAACUGAACUAUAUGUCUUGGAGAAUUAUAAUUUCCUUAUAUAAAAAUGUGAGCCCUUUUAUCUUUCUUUGAGGGUACUUUAAGGGAUGGGUGGAAGAGUUUGAAAAGGAAUUAUGUAUAUUUUUGGGGCUUGUUGAUUGCUUUUUUUUUUUUUUUUUUUUGUAAUCUUGUGCAUAAUAUUCACAGUAUGUCAGAUUUUAUUUUUGUAGCCUGGACAUCGGAUAGAUGCUUAACUGAUCUUGUAAUUAGUUACAAAUUAAUUUGUACAAAUUGCAAAUUAAUUUUUUGAAAAUUAAAAUCAAACUCAGAUUUAUAUAGUGCAAAUUCUGAAUAGGGAAUUUGGGAAUAUUGACGUUCAGAUAAGAGGUAUUACAAUUGAAGCUUCAGGUUUAUAAUCAAAUGUGGGAUUUUUAAAAAUGCAUUGCUUGGGUCACAAUAGUCUGAUUUCAGUGAAAAUGUCUUGGAACUUAAAAAAUGAGGAGCUUGGCUUUGAAAAUCAUGCCCCAUGCCAAAAUACACAUCAUUUGCAACUUCCAAGCUAGAGCCAUUCAUGUUUGGAGGUUUGGGGCAGUGCAAUUGCUUUUUUUUUUAAUGGACUAAACUAUAAAACAUAAAACACUUGGGAGAUCUGUUGGAGUCGAUUCCUAUAACUCCUCUUAAUGAAAAGAGAAAAUAUUAAAAAUACAUAAAUGGGCAAGGACUUUGAAAUCGUUCACUUUAAUGAUAGCACUGCAUUGCUCUGAUUUUCUAUGGCUAUCUGAGGCUUAAAAUAUUUUUUAAAAGGGAGAUUUUGGCUGUUUUCUGUGGCUGCCUUCCUUGAAGCUCUUCUUAGUAACUCUCUGGGUGGAGUGUCUUAUAGACCAAAGCAAUAAUAUGCAAAGCCAAUCUGUUGCAGGUUGACGAUCUCCAAAUAAUUCUUAGUGGGAACCUGUGAAUUUCAAAGCCAUUUCUCCUCAAAUUCCAAGACAAGUAAGGCUCCAAUUUGACAUUGAAAAUUGAGUAUUUGAGAACUAGGCUUGAUUAAAAUUCAGUCCCCCAAAGUAACGUUAAAGUUUGAAAAUCCCAACAUUUUUAACUGCUCCUUCUGCUUUAGCCAUCCUGGUAUGGGUGGAUCCUUGUAUCAGAGUAAAAUUGUUUCUUUUCUGAUUUAGGAGUGGCAUCUCUCAAUUUCGUGUUGAAUCAGGAGAGAGUACCGGUAGUCAACGAGUAUCUUCAAAUUGAGAUUUAAAGAUCAGUUUCUUCAGUGGCAAAAGUCUGGGUCUUAUGCUUACAAAAAGCAAGGUUUUGGGGGGUGGGGCGGGGGGGGGGUAGCUGUUGUUAGACUGUGAUUAAAAAGUUCUGGGGAGAAAAGGCCCUAUAAAAGAAUAAGCAGUGAAACACUGAAGCCUCUGGAACAAUGUUUCUUAUCCUUGGCUACUUUAAGAUGUGUGAACUUCCAACUCCCAGAAUUCCCUGACCAGCAUUGGUAGGGAAUUUUCUGGAAUAUAGGAUAUCCCUGUUAUGCCAUGGCAGAUUCUUGGAAUCAAAGUACUACUCCUUUUUACUAUGGUGUCAAAGGAAUAUGUGCCAUUUGCUGGUGAGGUUAGGAGAAUAACCAUCUCCAAAGCAUGCAGUCAGUGCUGUUCUCUUUUUUGAACAAAAAGCCAGCCUUUCUCAAAUGCCUCCCCCCCCCCAAAUUUAUAGCACUUAAUUUUGGAGAGUGAAAAGAAAAGCUAGCUUUCCAUGGGAAUAUAUUUGUUACCAGUAUUUUUUAAAUAGGACAUGUUUUUUCCCCUUUUCAUUUUAUUUUGUGACCUAUGCGGUACAAUUAGACUGGACAAUGUAUGUCAGUGAUUUUCUCUCCCUCCCCCCUUAUAUUUCUGUUUUUUUAACCAAGAAAUUUUGGAAUAUAAUUCUCUUCCCUUCUUCACCUCAAAUAUAACCUGCCCACAGGAAGGGAAAGUUGGAAGGAAGCAAUUUUAGGAAAUUCUGCUUCCCAAAUAAUGGUGUUGUAAAUGUUGUAUUUGCAGUGACCAUCUUGUCUUUUCCUUCAAAGGAAGAACCUCGUUUCUUGGGGCAGCCAUUUUGCAAGGGCGGCCUGUAUAUGUCACUAGUCCACAUUGUGAGUUGAAGAAACUGAGGUGCUCUGUCUUAAGUUCAUUUCUGCCUGUUCUGCCCACAGGAUUGUCUGUUUCCCAACCUUUGCUCUUUCUUGCAAUAGGCCAAAGAGAGAAUGAAAGAGAUCCCGAUCUGUAUCUAAGCCACUACUUUUUAUUCUUUUAUGAUUUUUUUAAAAAAAAAAUGCUUGCCAUUUCAUAAAUGCAACUAUUUUCCUGGCUUUGAAAAUAGCAGAAGAAAAAAAAAAAGUGUUUUUGGUUAUUUAGACCAGGGGUCUCCAACCUUGGCAACUUUAAGACUGGAGGACUUCAACUCCCAGAAUUCCCCAGCCAGCUUUGCUUGCUCCUUUUCCCCAUUUUUGUCCAGCCCACUCUUUCUGAUUACUUGAAACAAGGCUAGUUUUUCUGUUGGAUUUGCACGAAACCUGUGGGUAGUGAGUGGACACACACUCUGUCCUCCUAGGAACAUAACUCACUUCCUGGGUCAAUAGGAUGCAUCAGGACCCUACCAAGUGCAGCUUCCCAAAAUAAGGUCACUAAGGUUUGUUUUUAUUACUGAAUUAAGAACAUUAGUGUAUUUCUGAUGCCAGAGGAUUUUAGCUUUAAUAUAGUAAUCAUUCCGUGGUCCUCUUGUCUUAAUUAAUGAGUGGUGCAGUCUUUAAUUCUUCCAUUUUGAUUGUAGUUACUUUGGAUUACACCAGCCUUUCUCAACUUUAAGCUGUGAGGAUUUUAAGCAUGCUGGGAGUUGAAGUCUACACAGCUUAAAAGAUGCUGAGGUUAAAAAAUGGAUUACAGGAUUGAUUUCUAAAUCUUAUAUCCAUUUUUCAAAAAUUAACUCAAAGAUCUAAGAUCUGCAAAUACCACUGUGGACUGCGUUAUUUUUUUUUAAGGGAAGGGGGAAAAUUGUGACUUGUGCACACAUAUAUAACCAUUUUAUUAGCGCUAACCGGGGCCUAUUUCUUAUUCAUGCUGUGCACUGUGAACCCUUGAUUUUGUUAUUUCAAACAAAAGCCACCCAUUUUAUGUAGCAAAAUCAGCAUACUGGAAAUACCACCAACCAGGUGUCCCAUCUGCUGCGUCGGACUCCAGCUCCCGUAAUUACUAAUCAGCAUGGAGACUGGGAAUGAUGGAAACCAAAACACCUCGAUGAGGUUUAGAUGUAGAACUCCAAAAUUCAAUUACAGUAAUUUAAUGUGUCCAAUUUUUUUUUUAUUAAAUGUCUUUGCUUUCAAAUAGGAGAAGUGGAAUUGAUUUCCAAAUAAAAGGGCUAUAUGAUUGCACAACGGUGUAGAUAUAUAUAUAUAUGUGUACUGAGUGCAGAUGUGCGUGUGCCAUGCCUUGUUUAGGCAUGUGAAGACAUUUUGCCAGCUCAUCCUCUGGGAUCAACGUGCAAUUCUAGGCAGAUAGGAUUCUCCCCUAAAACUGAAUGCACACAUUAACUGCAAUGCAGGGUAGAGAACUAGGAAACUAUUUGGGUCUUAUCAUUCUGCUUUUACAUAGAGCAACACAAAUUGAAGAGGGAACUAGCCUUCUUAGAAGAUCAAGAAUAAGCCUGUUAAAACCUCAGUUGUUAAGAUCACCUUAAAGCCGUUACUCGGUUGGUUUUCUGAGCUUGAGAUUGGUGAGCUUGGCUUUUUGAACUUCUUAAGCAUGAGAGAUUUUUUGGGGGAAAAAAGGAAUGAAGGUAGGAGUGGCUGAAUAGUUCUUGUAAUCUGCAAACCGCUGCUCUUUUGAUGGUGAUAUGCUAUCAAGCCUAAGGGGAGGGGGAAAUCUGUUGUAUCGUGAAUUGCUAUCUAAUUGGAGCUUUUCUUUUGAUCGUCUUCCAAGUAUUAUUUUUUAUUGUAAACAAAAAAUGUGAAAUGUAAUUUUUACAACAGCAAUAUGAAAUAUAUUUUAUAAUAAAAGGAUAUGGCCUGGUA